AAUAUCUGGACUAACCAUCUUAUAUUAAUGCUUUUUAAUCUUCUGCAGACUAUUCUUGUAUCUCUCUCAGGGAGAUUAAGAAAAUUAUUCAGUAAGUUGACAGGGAAAACAAGAAGGCUGAAAUUAAUUUUCGACAAAUUUCCAGGAGGUGCUGAGUGUUUUGAACUCAUUGCUAAGUUUUGCUAUAAUGGUGGUAGGAUAAAGAUUACUCCUUUUAACAUGUUUCAACUGCAUUGUGCUGCGAAUUACCUAGAAAUGAAUAAAGAAAUGCAGGGGAAACCAAAUUUGGUCGAGCAAACAAGUUCUUAUUUUCAGAAGAUUCAUUACAUGACAUGGUCUGAGCUGAUUAUUAGCUUGGAAAAGUGCCAACAACUCCUUUCUUUCUUGCCAUCUUCAUCUAUACUUCAAGAUUUCUUGGAUUGUGUUGUUGGAAGGCUUGAAUUUCAUAACAUCUCUAGCCCAUGUGCAUCUUCUUCCGAGAAUUCGUCUAUGCAGUUUUCAGGGGAUAUUAGUACAGAAAGCAAGGGAAUUUACAGUUCUCAAGCAACCUGGUGGUUUGCAGAUCUUGGAUUUUUGAACCUUAAUAUGUUCAAGAAGAUUAUAGAGACAAUGAUAUCUAAUAAAUUGGAUCAUUCUGUGAUCGCUUCAUUCCUGUUUUAUUACAAAAGAGUGAAAUGUCCCACUGUUUCAUCAGCUCAGAAAUCCAGAAUCAUUGAGACAGUAAUUAAAUUCCUUUCUUCUCUUGAUGGGAGCUUCAUCUCUAUGAGAGGUCUAUUUGACAUUCUACAGGCAUCUUUUACCUUGAAAAUGAGCAAAUGUUCAAAGGGGAAGUUAGAACAUUUGAUUGGUUCCCAGUUAGAUAGAGCUAAACUUGAUGAUUUGCUUAUUCCUUCUCCAGCAGGGGAAAAAAGUGCUUAUAAUGUAAAUUUAAUUCUGAGGUUGCUUGACAUAUUCCUCUCCAAUAGCCGCGAAAAAUUAUUGAUGUAUCAACUGAAGAAAGUUGCUGAGUUAAUAGAUCUAUAUAUCAUGGAAGUUGCACCUGAUCCUUGUCUUAAACCUUCCAAGUUUUUGGCAUUGGUAGCAGCACUGCCUGAUAUUGCAAGAGAAUCAUAUGACACAAUUUAUCUUGCCCUGGAUAUGUACCUCAAGGUACAUAAAUAUGGUUUAUCUGAAGAAGAAAAGAUAAAGAUGUGUGGUGUCCUGAGUUAUGAGAAGUUCUCUGAAGAAAUUCUCAAAGACCUUGCUCAAAAUGAAAGCUUUCCAGCUUGUGCAUUGAUCACUGCAAAAGUCACUCAGCAGAACAGGCUCAGUUAUUCAGUCACAAGACAUACCUAAAUAUUUAGUGAUCAUCAUUAGAAUCAAUGUGGUCUUUGAAACGCAAUUAGCAGUGGCAUUGUAUAUACUAAGUCUUGAAAGGUUUAACGUAAGAGGCUAGGAAAAUCAAGUUUUGUUAGCAUACAGUUAAUCUUUUGACUUGCAGCAAAGGUGCACCACAUUUUCAUUUUA